UCUGCAAGGGGAAGGCAGCACAGUGCUGUCGCGUCUGCGGCGUUAGAGGAGUCUAUACCGACCAAACCAGCGGUGUAUCGCUGCAGCACGAGCUCUGAGACCCGCAGCGCGAGCAGAAGCGUGUUUGUGUCGGAGCCCUGCUGCGCAAUGCGCAUGCGCAUGCUGAGAGAUGCGGGUGCCCGCGAGCUGUAGAGCUCUACUGCAGCCAGCAGCCAAUCAGAGGCGCGCAGCGUGCACGCGCACCCGCCCUCUGCGCGGUCACGGCAGCGGGAAGGAAACAAUGCACGCCACCCUGGAGACAAAAUAUGGAGCAACGGACGAAUUAAACGCAUCUUUAGCGAGGAGGACGCUUUUAACGCAAGGUACAAACUAACGGCGUACUGAGCCCAAAGGAAGGGAUCCUUACUUGUCAAGAAACAGCCAAUGUGGAUCACUUAUUCUUUGUUUUUUGGACCGUAGGAUUGUUAACUUAAUGUCCUGACCAUGCGUUCACAACAAAGUUUCAUGUCAUUUAUGAACAGCAAGGACAGUGCUAUACCUAGAAAAGACAUUGAUCGCCUGUGCUGUGCAAAAUGUCGCUUUUCAACCAAGGACACUGACCUGUUCGAGAGGCACGUGUCCCAUCAUGAAGAGGUAACUUUCUCCUGCGCGCUCUGCAGCUAUGUUUCCUAUUCAAAAACGGAGUCUCAGAAACACGUCGUUUUGCAUACUGGCUCGUACCCGUACAGGUGUAGCUUCUGCUCGUACGGAGCCGUGCGGAGAGAUUACAUGGUGAAGCAUAUUCUUCGUAUUCACAAGAGAAAUGCGGAAGAAGGCUUCAUAACUGACUUCGCUGUAUCCACCCUAGAUACAGCAGGCCCAUCUGUUCCUGAUGCCCUCGGGAUUUCAGAUUGGCCUGAAAGGAACGACCAGUGUGCAAUUCCCAAUUCCCAUGAUGAACACCCCAGUGGAAGUCAACCCGACCAAUCAUCUGUUAUUAGUAAAACAGUGAGCCAAACCAGGGGUAAUCGUGCUCGUAUGACCUACAGUUUCACAAUGCCGUCUAUGACCAAUACAACAACCGUCAUUCCGGUUUCUAAGACUCAGUUCAAUGGUGCCAUUCCUAGCUGCGCUCCAAGCGCGAGUCACUCGUUAGGCAACACGCCGCAAGUGGUUCUAAGAUCACGGGAGGCAAACAGCAACCUAUCGAAUGCGCAAUUCCGUGCCGAUGGGAGAAACAAGGUGGUUAGUAGCAGAACCGUUUCGGAAAAGCUUAUUCCGAAAGCUAUGUUCCCAAGAGUCCAUGUUAGCUCUACAGAACCACUACAGCAAAGCCUAAGAGUUGGUGUUCCUGAAAAGGCAAUGGCUUCAAACACCAUUCCCAGAGUCCAGGUCCGAGCGCCUGUUGAAUUGAACACCGCGCUUAGACCACUGCUUAAAGCGCCAUUAUCCAAGAGGAAUAUCCAGAUGGAUCAGAGGGCUGGCCAGUCCAAAACAGGGACUAAGGUUGGGACACAGAAAACCGCAAUACUUCUCAGCAGUCCAGUCAAAAGUCCACUGAACUCCAGUGCAGAAAAGAGCAACCAGUCAAGAACAAACUCCAGAGUACCUGUAGGAUCAUCAGCAGAAACAUCGAGCCCGUUAUCCAGUGUCCAAGUGGAACUGUUGGCACCUUUGAACCAGCCAAUUCAACACAACAAGCCUUUGACCGUGUCCUGUCCAGAGGAGAUCAAUAUUCCUGCCGGGUGUUUGGUGGAACUGGUCGAGGUGAAAAACGUCAACGGGACUCGGGAGUUGGAGCUACGGUUGAUCCCACCUAAUGGAAUCCCGCAAGACAAGAAGAGCAACAUGGAUGAACCUUCAUCAGCCGCAACUGGAGGCAAACUGUCCUUCAAAUGCCAAGUUGCCAAAGGGUGUCCAGUCAGCCCGUCCACGUCUGCAACAUCUCACAAAGUCAAACAGCAGCGGCCUUCAAUGUGCACCGAUGUUCAGACUAUCACAAAAACUGUUCAAUCAGCACACAAACCACAAUGUUCUUCAGAGACGCCAGCCAAGAGCAAGCGCAACCUGAAGACCAAGGAUCCAGAGAUCAUCAGGCUCGAGGGUCCAGACUUGAGUUCUGAAAGCCUUCCUGUGAUCUCAUCAGUUUUCUCUCUUUGUCCCACACCUAAGUCAACUCAAAGCAUCUCAAAGUCCUCGCCAGAAAUGCAACGCUGGAAGGUGGCAACGAAAGAGCCGAAGGACGAGGUGAAGAAUGCAGAGCAAUCGCUGGUCUGUAGUAUUCUGAUUAAAAAGGAGGAAACUGAGGACAAACCCAAAGGUACUUCUUUGGGUCUCAAAGAAACAAAGACAGAGGAUGAGACUAGUGAAGGCUCUGCAAUAUCUAAGACUCGUGUUCAAGUGAAAACAUCAGGAAAAACCCUAAACAAAUGUCAUUCAAAACAAGAUCCACAUCCACGUUUUACAGUGGCUCAUCCAUUGGUUGUGCCAAACCAGAACAUCGUUCCAUCAAACAAGGAUGACAUUUCACAUCAAGACAAGGGAAAUUCUGAAUGGGAGUCUGGAAGGAGCUUGGAUGGCCAACAACACCAUUCCUGUGUUUCCAAAAUGUAUCCAAAAGUAGCUUUGUUCAGGAUUCCCAGUUCUUUGUUGGAACCCACCAAGAAGCUUCCGGAAGCGCCAACUCGAGAGGAGAGUUUGACGGCGCGACCGGUUCUCUGCUGCACGCUAAGCGAGCAGAACGUGUCCGGAAGUCCUGAAGUGGCCAUCAAGCUGAUACUAAAGAGAAACCUUUGUGAAAGAGAAGAGAAGCACCAAGACUCUCCACCACGUAAAAAACACAAGAAAGAAAAGAGAAAAGCCAAGAAACGCAGGUCAUCAUCGGUUGGAAUGGGCCUCCCUCGAUUCUCAACCGAAGAUCAAGAACUGAGAUUAACUCCUCUGAAAGCGGAUCAGCGCAUCAAGCUGCCCGGUCUGAACCAGCCGGUUGUGGUUCUGAACCACCCCAAUCCUUCAGUUCAGAGCAUCAGUGCUGGCGUCCAAACCCUCAAGAACUAUAAGUGGGUUCACUCAGUGGCUCACGAACAGGAACAGAGAGAACAACCUGCGAGGAAACGGCCUUCAUUCAAGAUGAAACUCAAGAAAAUCCAUGGACAGAAGUAUCAGGUAAUCGAGUUCGUUCUAAAGGGAGUCUCGGAGAAACAGCUCUCGUAAAAACCAGAUACAUUCCCUUGUAGAUACUUCAUGCUUCUAUUGAUUUUUUUAUGAUUGUGCCAUUUAGGAAAACCAAUGCAGGAUUAUUUAAAAGUUUAACGAUAAUAAAGCUGGUUGGUGACGAUAAUAGUUCAAUGCCAAUAAACAUUACUUUGCUAUUAGACUGACCAAGUAUUAGCUACUCUGGUCAUAUGUACAUGGGAAUAAACAACUUUUUUCAACAUGAACUUUUUUAACAUUACUUACAAACAUUACUUCCCACUUGACAGCAGCAAUGACAAACAUGCUCAUCUAUAUGUAUAUAUAGAGACUUCUUUAAAAAAAAAAAAUGUAAAACUGAACUGCCAAUAUAGAGAAGUUAUUCUUGAGACCAAUGUCUGUUUUAGGAUGUUGUGUGUUAUUUGUCAUGACUGUACAGGAUCAUU